AUGCCUGUCUACCUGUGCCAACCCGGGUUUGGCUCUACUGAUCCCUGGAAGCAUGGCAUUCAAGUAUACGCAGCUCCAUUUACAAUAGAUCAAGACGAUAACGCUACUCAUAGUGAUGGGGAUGUUGAUUCUUCGCAACAAAUUCCAAAUGCACCCAAUUCAAACCUGGAUGGCGGGACGUUUAAUUCCGCUUCCAAUCAUGUGAAUGUUGGUAACUUUGGUGGUGAUUCCUCAAAGGUUGGAGCCCCAAUUCGGCGUGUGCGUCAUUCAGAAGUUGUGCUGGCUGAUGAUAUUUGUGUCGCCCAUGAUCGAUACUGGCUCCGCCUUCGAUGGCCGGGGAAAAGAGGCGGUUUCGCUGGAUACAUUGCAUUGGGAAAGGUGGAUGAUCCCAUAUUGACCAAACCAGAUGAUCAAGCAAAUACCAUCUGCUUUCGAGAAGGAAUGUCAGGUGCAACUCCAGAGGGAUUUGUUGAAAUAGAAUCCGAAGAGGAUCGAAUGGCCAACGAAGAUACUCAGUCUGAAGAAAAUUACCGAAACGACGAACCACAGGACAAUGCAAGCACAUUGUCCUCCGAACCAUUUGAAACAACAUCAAAGCUUCGAUGCUUGCGAACAGGUUUGAACUUUCCAUCCACAGUUGCAAUGAAGUUGAUGCCUGCGUAUGAUGAUGGUAUCAGACCUCCUGUUAUUUCAGCUCCAAUCCCAUCAGAGAAUGUCUUUUGUAGAAUCUGCCGUGAAGGAUUGCAUGAUGAUGUUGAUGACGAGCUGCCUGCUUCGGAAAGUGAAGCCAACGAAGAUACCUCACAGCAUGUCUCUCAACAUGAGUCAAUGAUGUGUGAGCUUGUUCCCAUUGACGAAAGGGAUGACCCAGAUUCGAGAAGAGGAAUGAAUACAACAGGCCCCAUUACGCCACACCCGAAAUAUCAUGCGAACCCGCAAGCUACUGAGAAUCCAAUGUUAGCGCCGUGUGAAUGCUCGGGAUCAAUGGCUUUUGUCCGCUACCUAAGUAUAGAGCAAUGGAGAUGCCGCUCUCAACACCCGGACGCAAACAAUGGGUUAAAUUGUGAGACAUGCAAAGCUCCCUAUGCGCUUCCACCGCCAACAGCUCGUGUUCAACAGGUUGUGAACGAGGAUUGGCUCGAAGCCAUGCCACCACAUGUCAUGGCAGCGUUGAGAAAUCCACACAUCUGUUGGCGAGUUGGAGGAUGGAUUGUUCGACAACGAUGGCUGCGGCCCCUUGCACCUGUUGUAAUGUCUCCUGUAGUCGCGUUGUAUUGCAGAGCCAGGCGUCUGCUCAAGAAGAAAGGAGUAGCCCGACGCCGAUGGGCCUGCAGUUUGUGCCACCGUAGAGCGAGGUGGAAGUGUGUCCGCUGCCUUCGAAGCUACUAUUGCUCCAGACAGUGCCAAAAUGUGUCAUGGCACAUUGUUCACAAGCAUAUUUGCUACAAGCCAAGCCGUUGGGCAUGGUCUGUUGCUUUGUACGGACUAAUCACUCUGUUCCUAUUUCCAGGAAUUCUGAGAGACCCACUCAUGUACGAUCUGGGAUUGGGAUUUGUGCCGAUAUCCUUUUAUGCCAUGGCCAUCCUUGGCGGUGGUUUUGCUGCUGCCACAAAGAAAACGAUUGGCGUGGAUCUACGAGGCCGUACGUUCGAAGGGAUCGUUAUCCUUUCGACCUUGGGACUUGUCCUAGUUUCAUGGGGUCUUGUUGGAGCUUUCUUUGGGGAAGCAACACGCUGCGUCGGUGUGCUUGGAAGCCGUGAUGUAACCGAAGACAAUCUUCCACUUUCGUUUUAUGCCUUGCGAAAAUACAUGCUUAUCCCUGCAAUGAAUUGGUUCUUGAUGUGGGAUCGUCUAGCCGAUAGCUCGGGAUGGUGGAUCCGACGUGCACUUUGCGCAGCAGCAGAAGAAAGUGGCGCUUGCUUCGACCAUCUUCACAAAGCGAAUGCAGAUUUCAUUUUCGAGGAAAAUGACGGUGGCCGAUGUGCAUCUGACUUGUCUUUUGUCUCCAACCUUUUUGUCUGCGCGGGAAUAGUUGCAUGCGGGAGCCACUUUUUGAAGAAGCGUGACCGCCAACGCCGAGCCGCGAGAAGACCAAGACCUCAUCAAGACUAA